AUGAAGCUCAGCUUUGCGCUCCUACUCCUCGCCGCGACACUCGCCACCACCACUUUGGCUGCGCCCAUCACUAUCUAUCGUAACGGCAAUACCGAGAAACCUAUGACCGGCCAGGGAGUUCGCACUAAAGAUGUAUUCCCAAACAUCCCAAAAAACGACCAGACCAAAGUGGAUCCGGGCAAAAAUAUCCCAGCUCAAGCUCCGGCUGACAAACCGGAGUUGGAUUGUGGAAUCAGCUGCAACAGAGAUCGCCAAAAUAUCCCGCCAAAGAACCAGUGGCAGCUGGACACUGACAGUAAGUCUUGCUUGCAUCGCGCCGUCCUUGACAGAGAUGUGCAGCUCAGCUGACUCAGACUCACCAUCCUCUCACUUCGCUUUCCCAUUUGAAAUUCUCCCAUCUUGUCUGCGAACUUGAACUGAACGGCCUACUUACAGAAUUGCCGGGUACCGGAUUCAAAGCCACGCAAGAUGGAGGUCAACCAGGCCACGCGCCCGGCCACGUCAGCUUGAAGAGCGAGAAGGACAUGUCGGCCAAGGAGGUGAGUGGGCGCUCAGUCACCGCUGUUCUUUCGCGCAUGUACAUUCUGACGACGACGAUCACUGGCUGCAUGGUAGUAUCGAGAGAAAUUUGAGGCUCUGCCUUGGGAGAAGGCGCCCCCGCAGACGCGAGGGCCAGCAAGGAGAGAUGUCACGACGCGAGGUCAAGCGUCUGCGCUCUUUGAUGGCGGUCGCCAGCAGGCCCGAAUGUUGCAAGCGCGAGACGCUGCGGGAGCGCCUUACUGGCUGAUCGUCGAGGCUUGA